AUGCUCCUCUCCACAGCAGCGGUUAGCAUUGGGGGCUAACAGCCGGAGCGUGUAAUGGCGGCCUCGGUGUUACUGGGGUCUGCGGAAAGCACCGGACUCAACUUCACGGUCGGAGCCGGUGGCAAUGCUAUCCUGGGAAACUCUAAUGGACUGGGCCAGGCGGGCCCAGCGUCCUGGAACCGCUCCCUGGACCGGGCGCUGGAAGAAGCGUCGGUUAGCGGCUGUCUGAACCUCAGCGGCAGGAAGCUGAAGGAGUUUCCCCGGAGCGCCGCCAACCACGACCUGACCGACACCGUCCGGGCCGAUCUGUCCCGGAACCGGCUGUCGGAGCUUCCUCUGGAGGUUUGCCUCUUCGUGUCUCUGGAGUAUCUGAACCUGUACCAGAACUGCCUGAGGUCUCUGCCGGACGGCCUGGUGAACCUGCAGGCCCUGACGCACCUGAACCUCAGUCGGAACCAGCUGUCCAUCCUGCCGGCCGUCGUCUGCAGCCUUCCUCUCAAGGUUCUGAUUGCCUCCAACAACAAACUGGUUUCUCUGCCAGAGGAAUUGGGCCAGCUGAGACACCUCACCGAGCUGGAUGUGAGCUGUAACGAGAUCCGGACGUUACCGUCCCAAGUGGGUCAGCUGGAGGCUCUGAGAGACCUGAACAUCCGGAGAAAUCACCUGGUCCGACUCCCUUCAGAGCUGGCUGAGCUUCCUCUGGUGCGCCUCGACUUCUCCUGCAACAAAGUGACCUCCAUUCCCGUCUGCUACCGCGGCCUGACUCAGCUGCAGGCCAUCGUCCUGGACAACAAUCCGCUGCAGAGCCCGCCCGCACAGAUCUGCAUCAAGGGGAAGGUCCACAUCUUCAAGUUCCUGAACCUGGAGGCCAGUAAGACCACGCCGGAGCUGCCCGAGUUCGACAGGAGACCUCUGACCUCCUGUGUUGACGAGGCGUAUCCAGGGCGACCGUAUGGCGCGCUGGACUCGGGCUUCAACAGCGUGGACAGUGGAGACAAGCGGUGGCUGGGCAACGAGGUUUCAGAGGAACCGUCAGAGCUGCCGGUCAGAGACCAGAGGCGAGCCGGACCAGGAGGACAUGUGCUGCCCAACGGGACAUCAGAUGGGGAGCUGGAGCAGAUAGACUUCAUUGACAGCUGUGUGGAGGAGGAAGAGGAGGGGAAGCGCCGUUCAGGAGGAGCAGACCGGAGCAGCCUCAGCUCUCAGUUCAUGGCAUACAUCGAGAGACGCAUCACCAGGGAGGGUUCCCCAGUGAAGAACAGCUUGGCUCGGGCGGAAGACAUGAAGAGACACAGCAGAAACAUGGCUGACGGCGUGUCAGCGUCUUCGAGCUCCCAGAGUCAGAGAGCUGGUUCUGGUUAUGGUUCUGUUUCCGGUACUGGUUUUGGAGGUGUGGAGAGGAUGAGAAGGGAGGCUCAGCUCGCCGCUCUGAGGUACGACGAAGAGCGGCAGAAGAACCGUUCUCUCCAGAGAGACAGCGUCACCAGCUACUCCAAGCAGAAAGCAGCUCAAAGUCCGUCCAAGUGCAGUCCAGAACCUGAGAACGUCUACCCCUCCAGGCGCUCCACCCACACAGAUGACUCUGCCCUCAUCAUGCAGGGGGAGGACAGAGCCACCUUGUCUCCUACAGCCAAUCAGUCGCCUUCGUACCCUUGCUCAGGAGGCGGGGCUACCAGUCGGACAUCUGGCCUGCGACCGGAGAGCUUCCUGUAUCGCCUCAGUCAGAGGGAUGAGAAGAGAAAAGGGGACGCUGUUUCUGCGCUGCCUCAACCCAAGGAGGAAGCUCCUGCUGCUCCUCCUCUGGUGGGUGAAGACGCAGCGCUGGUGGAGCAGCUCAGGAAGAACAUCGAGGCCCGGCUGAAGGUGGCGCUGCCGAGCGACCUGGGCGCCGCCCUGACGGACGGCGUGGUGCUGUGCCACCUGGCCAAUCACGUGAGGCCGCGCUCCGUCCCCAGCAUCCACGUCCCGUCCCCCGCUGUGCCUAAGCUCACCAUGGCCAAGUGUCGCCGCAACGUGGAGAAUUUCCUGGAGGCGUGUCGCAGGAUCGGAGUCCCACAGGACCGCCUCUGCUCGGUGGGCGACGUUCUGGAGGGGAAAGGGGGCGGGGUUUACGGGACGCUGCAGGUGUUGCUCUCAAUGGCCCCGCCCACUCUUAGCCCCUCCCUCCAGGUCCAGAUGGCCGGCUUUGCCCUGUUUUACCUGUCUGUCAUGUCGGCUCUCUGCGCCAUCUAUGUUCACCUGGCGCCGCACGCUUAGACCCCACUGGAACCUCUACAGGACCUCCGUCGGGUUCGGUCCGUUUAGCUGUCGUCUCCCGCUGUAGCCACACCGUUCCUGACGCACAGAAACGUGGAAUACUUCAUGAACAAGCACAGCUGCAGGUUCCCUCUCCUCUGGAGAACGCCGGGUCCAGUUGGGAUGGUCGGUACCUCUAGUGAAGGGUCGUCCAAGUCCAGUCCAGAUCUAACAUCCUUCAAAUCAACCGGUCGGUACCAGGCCUCUGCAGGGCUGAUCCGCAGGGCGUCCAUGCAUCCUUAAAAUGUCUUAAAUUAAUGUAGUUGAGAUUAAGGCCAUAAAACUUGUUAAACCCAUUUUAAAAAACCAAGUCGGCCUGAAACAUGUUAAUCACAGGUGUUACGUUUUGUCACGGCAGAAAUAUUUGUUCUCAUGUACAUAUGAAAGUGACAGAUUAUAUAUUUUUUUCUGUUCAGACUGCUGUGGACAAAGUCGGAUAUGAAAUGAAAAAAAUUGGAUUUGGGUCGCGUUUGCCUGCUCUGUGAACGUAGCCUAGCUAAUGCUGCGCUCAGACCAAACUGUUUUGCCAAAACGUAGCCAGCGCCUCAAGUUGGACGCAUCAGAAUCGUCUGUUGUCUGUUGUGUUCUGAUGGCGACAUAGAUGGAGGACACAACCAUAUCUGCCAUCUUUGCUAGCUAGAAUUAGCCUUCUAAUUAGCGUCGGGGCCUCCACAUCCUGACAGGACACCAACUACAGGUCAAUACGUCACAUAGCUCAGUCUCUCUGAUUGACGUGCUACACGCCCGGCAGCGCACCAUAGACGUGCAUCCAUGUGUGCGCAUCGAGUCGCGUUUGGUCUGAACGCAGCAUUAGAAUCUGGACUGGGACUUGUGGACCUGAACUGGGGAUGGUUAUGGGACUUGUGGACUCGGCACAAACAUUUUGGACGCAGCCCAGAUUCUGUGGGUUUGACUGGGAUUUGUUAGGUUAGUUUCAGACCUCUGACUGCACUGGGACAUUUGGACUUGGACUCUGACUUUUCUGGGACUUGUACCAGGACUUUUUUUGGCUUGAACUGGGAUUUCGUGGACCUGAGGAUAAGCCGUAACGUGUCUUUGCCGUUGUUCGCCGAGUCGUAGAGGAUCAUGCCUCAGCUAGAGGCAGAACUUCCUGUCCGUUUGGUCCGUUUCCUGCCUGCUGAAGCUCCGCCCCCUCGUGCCUUACGUCCGCCUGCCUGUCAGUGUUUUUUACCGUUCUGACCGCGUGAAGCGGGUCAGGACCAGAACAGAACCGAGUCCGGGACUCUGGGAGUCGUCUCCAUGGUAACCAUUAUGUUCUGCUGCUGCUGUGAGGUCAGGAUGAGGUCACACCCCAUGACCGUUCCCCUUUUUAUAAGAUGAAGAGUGAUGAUGAUGAUGAUGAUGAUGAUGAUGAUGUGUUUUUAACCUCGGAUCGGUUUGGAUUUUUCCUCUCGAUUAUCUAAAUAAAGUCCAGAAAAACA